UCGGUCUGGUCACAUUCCAUAGGCACCUCUUCAGAAGAACGCAUCAUCAUGAAAUACCUCAUCAUCCUUGCCCUGGCAUCCGUAGCCACCGCUGCAAAAUUGGACAAGGUCUACCUUCCUCCCAACGCGCAGUCAUCUGGCGGUGCUAACGCUGGUCUCCAAGCUCCCUUCGGUGCCUCUGGACCUUCAAGCUUCGCAUCAUCAGGCUCCCAAAGCUACAGCGGUGCCAGUGCAUCAUCAAACGCUGAGAUCUUGAAGUACGAGAACGAGAUCAAUGAAGAUGGAUACCACUACGCUUAUGAGACCAGCGAUGGGACUAAGGCUGAGCAAGAAGGUCGCGUCCUCCCCGGCGCUGCCCCUGAAGAGGGAUCCCUCAAGGUCUCCGGCUCCUACUCCUACGUAGGAGACGACGGUCAGACCUACACCAUCACUUACACCGCCGAUGAGAACGGAUACCACGCGGAGGGAGCUCAUUUGCCCACUCCCCCACCGAUCCCCGAAGCUAUCCUGAAGAGUCUACAGCUGAAUGAUGGUGUUCGAGAACACUACGACAGCCAAAAGAGCAGUUACGACGCCGACGCGGGAUACUAG